AACCUCCGAACCGCGAGCAAGUCAACUUGAUAUUCUACAGUCAAACAAACGGUGGGCAGGCUUCUGAGUUUCUGACGCCGUUUAGAGUAUCUAAGCCGUAUCUUUCCCAAAGAAAAUCGAGGAAAGAAAGCGAGAGAAAGUGCGGGAAAAAAGAUGGUGGCGGCUGCUUCUCGGAAAUGGGGUUACGUUCGGAUCAUCACCGGCACUAUUCUUGGUGGUGUUCUCGGCUUCUACGUCAUGCACCGCGUUGAAGUUAGCUACAAGGAGAAAAUGAAUGAGAGACUGAAAAAGUAUGAAGCCGAAUUGAAGAAGAGAGAGAAGAUGAAUGAGCUCGAGGAGUCCCCUUAACUUUGGAGGCUUAACGAAGUUUUUGUUGUUAAUUUUGUUUUCCUGGUACUGCAAGGUUGCUGAGUAUUUGCGGGAAAAGCGAAAUAAAUGAAAUUUUCACUUAUAUGUUUAUGUUGUUAACUUGUUUGCUCGCCAAAACUAGUGAACUAAGCUUAUUAUAUUGGGUUCCAUUUUAAGUGGAGGUUUUGCUUUUGGGGCUGUUUUUCUAGAGGACCAAAAGGAGCAGCUUUGUGUGUGUUGUUUUGUCUCUUGAAUUUUUAUUUCUUUUGUAACUAGGGGCACAAGAGGGCUUGCUAUAUCAAAAUAUGUUGCUGCAUUGAUGCAAUUCCAACAGAGCGUAAAGUAAAAAUGUGAACGAUUCUCUUUUUGCUUAGCUUCUUCUGGAUUAAGGGCUGAAUUCAAACGUAGUGGUUUUAGAUGGUCUAAUUUAGCUUUUUGAAUACUUCGGUGUGUUUCUCGAAUGUGCUUUACUGUUAUUGAAUAAGAAAAUAAUCAAAUAGAAGCCGGGUUGUUUCACAGUCUCACUUGUCCAAAAAUGAAAAAUAGGAAAACGAAGGUUGUAUUGUAAACAUAAAGCUUUCUGUCUACUUGCUGCCCCAGCAGCCUAUUCCUUAUAUGUAGCGUGUUUCUAGAAUGAAAAGAAAAUUAAGUUGGUGGUUGAUCGCUGGGUUUAAAUUUGUGGACCUGUAGUUCGAAUUUAUGUACGCAUUUGCUUUUUAUAUACCUUCAUGGUUAUUAGAAUGGCAGUACCAAGGAGUAUGCCCUUAGAAUACAGGCGGUGCUUUUGCCAAGUGUGCUAGGGCACCAAUUUCUUCUUUGAAUAGAAAUGUUCUUUGGUCUUUGCAUACAUCGCAUAUACUUGGCUUGUGCCUAAUUUGCACCUUUUUGGAAUUGUUCCUAUCAGGGUUUCCAUUUGUCCAAUGAUCUAGAUUUCAUUUACAUACUAGUCCUCUAAUUAGAAGUCAAUAACUCAAAAACUUCAUUUGUUUUAAGUUUUUAAUGAGAAAGCAAUGCUUUAGAAGAAGUGUAUGAAGAGGGGGAGAUUAUCAGGAGAUAUUAUAUCCUAGUGAUAGUUUGCAUGCUUUUGGUAGAAAAGUUUUUAGGAUCUUUGGUUUGAUGUAGAUUUUUGCUUUAUAAUUUCUUAAUAUGCUUCUCUUUGAGAUUUUGUCCCUGGGGAGUUUGAUACAAUUGUUGAAACAGUAAAUUCUUGUAGAUUAGAAGAUGAUCCCUCGAGAUCGGAAGUUGAAUUGUGCUGUGUAUUCUCUUGGAAAUUCAAGCGGAUGUAAAUUCUUCUAGUUUAGUAUCUUAUAUUGAGAAGAGGAAGUUGAGUUGUGCUGUGUAUUUUCUUGGCAAUUCAAGUGCAUGAGCAAUAGAGGGUUCCUCAGAAGUUAAAAAAGAUGAAUUUAUUUUAGGAAUUUUAAUUAAUUGAGAGGGUUGGACUGUGCCCUUUUCAUGAUCAACUUGUCCUGUUGUCCAGAAUCAUCAAGAUGGAAUAGCAGCAAUGCAACAGGGUUUUUGAAGGAGAGUUCAUCCUUAUCUGCUUGAAGUUGUACACAUUUUAGGAUGAUCUGUCUUUUGUGAUCAUCUUUUUUAUAGAAUACUGAUGAAUUAACACUUUAUUUCUUAUAAAUCUUCUUGCCAACAUCACGCAGAAAUUAUAAUAAUAAUUCGUACAAAUUGAACUUAUUUGCUAGUUGUGCCAACAGCUUUGAAUUUAUUUACUUCUGGAUACAGUGUUUGUGUGGUGUUUCUUUCUCUUUGUCCCUUGCCUGUGGGCAUGUUUUAUGAACAACUUGUGCCUAUUUGCAGCAUGGCAGUCUUAAUUGACAAUAUUUAUGAUGAAGUAAGAAUUUUCAUGCAGGGAAAGAGCCACUAUGGAUUACUUAGCAUGCUAUUUGUUUAACUUGACUGCUUCAUUGAUUUCCAGUAAUGAAACUAGUUGAACUAUCGAGCCACAGUUGCCUUUUAAAAUGUAGAUACAUUUUAGUUGUAUUCCUGUAAAUUCAUGUGCUUUACUUCUGAAAUGAUCCUUCUUCUGAAUGGUAACAUUAGUUAUGUUAAUACCGAUCAUGCUUGUCUCCAAUUUCAUCUAUAUUAUCCCUCUUUUCAGUUUUUUGUUGGUCAGUUUUUACUCGGGCAAAGUUCAUGACUUGUGCGGUUUGAUUGAGUUCAAUAAAAAUUUUGAAGAUCAAAAUGGUGACAUUUAAAAUUUUUUGAAGGUUCUAUUUAUUAAUUAUGGGUGUAGACGUGCUAACUUAGUCAAAUAAAGAAUAUUUCAUUUAAUAAAUUUAAUUGUUCAUAUGCAUUACAGGGGUUUACAACUAGUGUAUUUAUAAUUACUGAAGAAUCUAUUCGUGUAUUCCUCAACCUCUCCUUUACAUGCCAUUAUCUUUUUUCAAUAUAUUUUUGCAGUAGUUUGCUGCCAAAAUUGCUGAAUGCUUUAGCCCUUUGAGAAUUGUGUAUCCCUUGUCCUUGGAGAUGAGAUUUCAUUAAAUGGUUUUAUAGACAGGCAUUAGAAGCUUUUGUUCUUAGAACCAAGAAGUUUGGUUAUGCUUGUCUGUCAUUUUUCCAUGUAAUGUGAAGCUUCGAGGAGAAUUUUUCCUGACCUUUGACAAUGUUUAUGCUGCUUACUAAGGUGCAAUCUAGUGGUCAAAGAGUAGGCUUGGGAUGAGUACUAGACAUAGACAUCUUGGGCUCAAUUUCAUACUAGGAAUUCUCCUAGAUCAGUUGAUACACGGUUAUGAGGAGUGGGAUCUUGCACCCAGGAUUUACUUCCUAGAAGCAAAUUCAAAGGAUCCUGCCUUCUUGUGAUCUUAUGUCGCAAAUUAACUUUGUCCAUAUAGGUUACUCCUGCAGGCUAUUUACAGAGGACUCACAUGUUGAAUGCCCUUUAUGUUAGAAGGAUGCUUAUUAUACUUGCGGGCGGUUUUGUUGCUACUAUUGUUCUUGGUUUUAUAAUUAGCAUCCCUUUCAUAAUUAGCAUCCCUUUCAUUUCAUCCGAGUUAACUUUUAAUGUAUUUGUUUGCAGCUAUAAUCUUCGUUCAAUAUUGUCUUUUGCUACUGCAGUGAUUAAGAUUGUUGCAAAUGUUAACCUUCUAUUACUACAGGAGACAAAUAUCAACAUCUGAGCCAAUCAAACGUAGGCACAUGAGCCUCACAUGUUUCAGACCAAUCGUGCUUGCAAUUCCUGCCUAUAAAGCACAAUGGACAUUUGCAUGACUUGUAGGGGUUUCGGAUUGGAAAUGGCAACUGGCUUGGCCGGAAACAUGUGAGGGCCAUGUCUGUUUUAAGGGAGCAUGCGGUCUCGUGCAUUUGCACAUAAUCAUGGUGAGACAGACCACAUAAUGGUUAACAUUGCAACAAUCUUCAAAGUUUUGGGAUGACAUUGUGAAAUUCAAUGGUCGGGGACCAAAUAGAAACUUGGAAUAAAGUUAUACAGUAUGAAGCGUAAUUGUACUAAUUUGUUAGGAGUGGGAAGAUCUUCACUUGAGCAGUACAAACUUUUAACUUCCCUGAUACCCACCAAUCUGCUUUUGGUUGAACAGAUGAACUUCUGGCCUGCUCUGGGUUCAAGUAUUCAAGUUUGCGUCACAUUGGGGGAUGUACUGUUUGAAAAACUGAAGUGAGGAUCUCUGUGUCCCUUUCCCUUAAUGCAUUCCAAGCGUCAUGGUCCAAACUUGAUGGGAGGCAAAAAGAGAUGAGGGGCUGUGGAACCAUUAUGGUGGAAAUAGGGACAGAAACGUUUAUUGUAUCAUCUACUAAAGGGGCAUCUUCAUGUAAAAUCAAAGGGGUGCUGAUUGAUUUUGUAGAUAAAAUAUACACGCACCCUUUUCUUGUAAUCUCGUGCACCCUUGUAUGCCAGCGAGUUUCAGGAUGAUAUCUUUACUGCAUGCCCAUGUUGUUUUAAGGGUAUUGUACGUGUACUUGGGCAUUA